AUGGUCCACACCCGAGAACUAGGAACCCGAGCCGACCCAGGGGCGGGCGCUUCUGGAGGACAUGGAGCCACGUUGGCGCUAAAGGAGCCCCGACCUCGUCAGGACAUGCUGUGGGGGACAUGGGGUCGUGUCCACGCUGACAGGACCCGCUGUUGGGGACAUGGGGCCACGUCCACGCCAACAGGAGUCCGGCUGUGGAGGUCGUGGGGCCGCGUCCACGCCGACAGGACCCGCUGUGGGGGGCGCGGGGCCGCGUCCACGCCGACAGGCGUCCGGCCCCUCAAGCCCCGUCGUGGGAGAAGGGCCCCGUGGAAGAAGGGCGCGCUGUGUAGACCGUGCGGCUUCCGCGGCUUUGUGUGCGGCGCGGUGGCCUCCCGCGGGGCUGAGCGUGGGGCUGUGGGGUCCCCCCGUCCGGGCUCGGAUGCGCCCCGGGUCGCGGCUGUGUCAGCGCGCCACGGACUCGGCUCCUGCGGCUCCUCAGACCGCCUGGGCGCGGCCGCCCCCUUGGGGCUCGCGCUCCUCCCGCCCCACCCCGGCCCCACGGGUCCUUCCCGCGUCCACACCCGCCGCGGGGCCGGCCGGAGUCCGGGCGUCUGUCGCGCGCGCCGUGCCGCCCCCUUCCCGCCGCCGCUCCGGCUCCCCGGCCGCCGGCCCAAGGCCCGACCCGCUUCCUCACGGCUCCGACCGGGCUGUGGGGGCGCCGCGGGGACCUGGGACCCCGAGUCCCGCCGCGUCUGCCGCGCCCGAGACUUGGCCCCGACUCUGUCCUCCCGCGAGUCUCGGGCGGCCGCGGCCUCCUGCAAGGACGAGUGGCCCGUCCACGCGGGGGACCUGGACCCGGCGGGCUCGGCCUCCCUCCCGGAGUCCGACGCCGUCUCUGCUCCUGCGACCUGGUGCCACGUGGGUGUCGGGAAGUGUCGCGUCCUCUGCGGUGACCUCGGAUCUGCGGGACCGUGUCGCCGCCGCCCCACAGAGACGCGUCAUCCCCGCACGCAGACCCCCCCGCUAUCGCUUCCGAACCACGUCUGUCGUGUGACACGGGCUGCUUCCGGCGUGUUACCCCAAACAGGGACACCGUCCCGCGGAACCCCCACGGAACCCCAGCUUCCUGGACCUGUUCUUGCAGACAAUGGAGAAGCCCUCCAUGGUGGGACACAGGGUCACCUGCUACAUCUUCACUGACCAGCCGGCUGCCGGGCCCAU